AUGAGUGUACCGCCGGUCGGGCUUAUCAUCAAAGCAACUAAUCCGGAGCCUCAAUCUAGCAAUGCAGUCUCUGCUAUCUCACAAUUAAAACUUGAGAACAACAGUCUUUCUGCGCCCUAUGAGCUAAGUUUGCACUCGGAUCUGACCUGCAAACUGGAAAAUUCAGAAAUCCCAAGACCUCUAGAUGAGAAGCUUGCCUCGUAUUUGCCUGUCAAGAUAAAGAUAGAGGAUCUGGCUUGA